CCGAUCAGCUGCAAUCGAACCACCAGCCAGGCACCAGGCAGCCCUUCAUUGACCUCCCUGCUCCUCGCCACAUACCCCUAGAUCCACUUUUUUGAAUGUCGAUGGUUGAAGGAAAGAGACGACCUCAUCUUGUCUAGGCCUCACCGUUUCAAUUGCUUAAACUCUCUAGAGAGUUGGCCUGAGAAUAUGGACAAAGCCGCAGUUUCAGGGACGGGCAGGAAUGCCGUUCUUAGUCGACGUCAAAUCGAAAGCCUGAUUGCAGAGGGCCGCACCAUUAUUAUCGUCGAUCAGAAAGUCCUUAAGUGCGAUGCCUGGCUUCCCUAUCAUCCUGGCGGCGACAUUGCCAUCAGGCAUAUGAUCGGCCGCGAUGCCACGGAUGAAGUGAAUGCCCUGCACUCUCCCGAAGCUCGUCGACAAAUGAACGCCUAUCAGAUUGGGAGGAUUGAAGGCCGUUGGGAGAAUUUUGUUCCCCCAAUUCAGGGUGGUAAAUUCAGAAAAUACGUCGAGGGUGCUGAAGAGGAACCGGAGCCAGAGCAGGAGUGCGACAAUGAGCAGACUUCAUCUAGUCGCGACAGCUCAAUCCCAUCUUCGCCUCUUUUCGAACCCGCAGACCAAAAUAAUACAAGAUUACGACACAGACAAAGCUCGAAAACAUCCCAUCGGGACCCUUCCGUCUCAUCCUGGUCGUCGCUCGAAGAAGAAAGCCCAAAGCCGGGACCAAAAAUGUCCCAUCUCGACAUGCGGACCCAAGAGCAGAUUGAAUUGGAUUUGUCAAAGUAUCCUCCUUUGGAUCCGGCUGUUCAAGACGAGAUUAUUCACAAGUAUCGUCUCUUAAAUGAGAGAAUAAAAAAGGAAGGAUUAUACCAGUGCAGAUACUCCUCAUAUUUCAUCGAACUCAGCCGUUAUUCGCUCCUUUUCGGACUCUGUCUUCUUUUCCUUCGAUGGGGUUGGUAUGCCACAAGCGCCAUGUUCCUUGGCAUGUUCUGGCAUCAGCUCGUGUUCUCGGCCCAUGAUGCCGGCCACAUGGGUAUCACCCACGAUUUCCAAAUUGAUUCGGUACUCGGUAUCAUCAUUGCAGACUUUCUUGGUGGCCUGAGUAUAGGAUGGUGGAAGCGAAACCACAAUGUUCACCACAUUGUCACCAAUUCGCCUGAGCACGAUCCCGAUAUUGAGCAUCUACCAUUUUUCGCUAUUUCUCAUCGAUUUUUUAAUAGCUUACGCAGCACCUUUUACGAACGCACGAUGACAUAUGACGCUUUUGCAAAAUUCUUUAUUCGGUAUCAAGACUUUCUCUACUAUCCUAUUCUGACAUUUGGGCGUUUCAAUCUUUAUGCUCUCAGCUGGGAGUAUCUCCUUCGCGGCCUUGGACCUCGCAAGGGUAUUGCAAGAUGGCACCGUUGGCUCGAAAUUGCGGGACAGGUCUUCUUUUGGACUUGGUUCGGCUACGGAAUGCUCUAUAAGAGCAUUCCUGACGGCUGGAAUCGUUUCGUCUUUCUCAUGAUCAGCCAUAUGGUAACCAUGCCUGUGCAUGUGCAAAUCACGCUCAGCCACUUUGCCAUGAGCACCGCUGACCUGGGCGAGCGGGAAUCCUUUCCCCAGAAAAUGCUGCGAACCACAAUGGACGUUGACUGCCCGGAGUGGCUCGAUUUCUUUCACGGUGGUCUGCAAUUCCAAGCCAUCCACCAUUUGUUUCCCCGGAUCCCGCGCCACAAUUUACGCCAGACCCAGAAAUUGGUGGUGGAGUUUUGCGAAGAAGUGGGAAUUCCUUAUGCUCUUUAUGGUUUUACUGACGGAAACAAGCAAGUCAUUGGUCGGCUUGGAGAAGUUGGUAGACAAGCCGCCAUUUUGGCUGAAUGCCAAAGGUCACUUGCAGCGUUUGGUGCUGAGCAUUAAACAUGCAAGUAGAUACUGCGCGGCUCGCAUUUCAUUUUAAGGUUAUUAUAUAGGCG